GACGUGUGCGUGGGCGUUCAGACGCUCUGAGGUGAAACAGAAACCCGCGGCUCAGCACAUUUAUGUCACAAGCCUGUACAGGAAGUUGCGGGUACCUGCUAGCCAGCUAAACAUCCAUGAUGAAGCGGCUCAUGAAGUAAAAAAGUGCCACCGUGCCGUAGAGAAGUGAAUUAAUGUUUUGUGGGUGGAAAAAAAUGAGUGGUAACAAGAUGGAAGGAGCUGUCGGAUUUGUGUGUUUGUCGCUUCUUUUCUUAGCGUCGGAGAUAAAUGGCCAGGAGGCAAUCUUGCACAUUUCAAAUGGAGAUACUGAGAGGGAGUUCUGCAUUGUUCACAAUCACUCCUGGACCCCACUGGCCCAGUCACUUGAUGCUGCACGGCAGUACCAGUUGGUGAAUAUGACCUCCUCUCUGCUGUGUGACAUCUCAGGGAUCAGUCCAUCUGUAGUAAAUGGCAAAGCGCUGGUGGUGAUGAGAGGCCUCUGUGAUUUCAGCCAGAAGGCUCUUAAUGCUCAGAGACUCGGUGCUAAAACUUUGCUCAUUGCCAGCAAUGAAACAAUGAGAACUCCCUCAGCCAAUGAGUCGGAGUACGCAAAGGUCAAUAUUUCUCUGGCUCUCAUGAGAUACGGGGACUUCCUCGAAGCUCAGCAGGUGUUUGGGGAACAGAUGAUGGUGAAGCUGUAUGCUCCACUUUAUGCAAAGAUUGAUCCGAGCAUUGCAGUCAUCCUGCUGAUUUCCAUUGUUACAAUUGUCUUGGGCGGUUACUGGAGCGGAGCAUGUGAGAGGGACCGGUUGAAUAGCGGUGCUUCUGGAGGAGGAGGAGGAGGAGGAGAAAGGAAAUCAGACAGUGGAGAGCUUUCACUGUACUCUCCUCUCAAAGUGGUUAUCUUUGUCGCCUUGAUGUGCGGGAUGCUCGUCCUUAUGUACUUUUUCUACAAUGUCCUUGUUUACGUUAUUAUUGUUAUCUUCUGCAUGGCAUCUGCCUCUGCACUCUACAGCUGUUUUGAUGCAGUGAUGGACAAAAUUGGUUGUGGCACUUUAAGUUUCUCUGUCCGAAAUUGGAACUUGUCAUUGAGAUCUCUCCUGCUGGCUGCUGUGUGCAUUAGCAUUGCUGUGGUCUGGGCAGUGUACAGAAAUGAAGACAGAUGGAUCUGGAUCCUGCAGGACCUUCUUGGCAUUGCCUUCUGCCUCAACUUCAUGAAGACUAUUUCACUGUCCAAUUUCAAGAUCUGUGUCAUUCUGCUGAGCCUCCUGCUUGUAUAUGAUGUCUUCUUUGUUUUCAUCACUCCUUUCUUCACCAAGAAUGGAGUUAGCAUCAUGGUGCAGGUUGCUCUGGGCCCAGAUGCGUCUGGUGAGAAGACACAAGGUAACAUGGUGGAGGUCCCUGCGGAACCACAGGCUCCCUCUGAGAAACUGCCUGUGGUGAUGCGUGUCCCGCGGUUUUUAGCUUGGGCUCAGAACCUGUGUGGGAUGCAGUUCUCCAUCCUGGGCUACGGUGAUAUCAUUGUCCCAGGUCUCCUGGUGGCCUACUGCAGCAGGUUUGAUGUUUGGAUCAACAGUAAAAGGAAGGUCUACUUCAUCAGCUGCUGCAUAGCCUAUCUCCUGGGAAUGGUACUGACAUUUGUUGUGAUGUUGCUGUCCGGGAUGGGACAGCCUGCUCUGCUCUACUUAGUGCCCUUUACUGUGAUAACUUCUGCUGUGGUGGCAGGCUGCAGGGGGGAGAUGAAGCAGUUCUGGGCUGGAACCACAUACAAGGUCUUGGACCCAUCCAGGGAACCUUUACUGCCAGAGGGAAGAACUGACCGCUCCAUAGAAGGUGAAAGAUGCUGACUUAAGUGUUGAACAUGGACUCAACUGCUGGAUGCUUCUUCUUCUUUUUUUUAAAUCACAUUUUAAUAUUACAUUUGCAAAGCAAGGGAAUAUGUGGUAUUGAACAAAAAAUUCUUCAAGCAGUACAUUUUGAUUGAUAUGAAGAGUUAAAUAAAUGCUGUGUACGUGCAACUGAGAUGUUAAAGUGACUUUAGUGCCUGAAAGGUCUGUCGGGUUCACUUUGGAAAAAAAAA